AUGGACUCGUACCCCAUGAGCGACUACGACGACGACGACGAGUCGCUCCAUCGCCGGCCGCUCCUGCCGCACCACAAGCGUGACCUCGUCCCGCCCUGGGCGCAGCACGAGUCCGCGUGGCUCCGCGAUGCCGUGGCGGCGCAGGACAUCGACGGUGCACCCAUCUUCGGCGCGCCCGCGCCGACCUGCGACCUGCGGCCCAUCUUCGGCCGGUCGCCUUCCCGUCACAAGCGCAAGCGCAAGCGCGAGUGGAUGGACCCAAAGAUUGCGUGCCGCAAGUACCUUGCGGACUUCCACGCGAGCGGCCUCCUGCGUUGGGAUUUCACAAUUUCCGAGGGGCCGGGGCCGCCGAGAUACACUAUAGCCCACACGAUGCGGGCCGUCGCGCGGGAGAUGGGUGUGACAUUGGUCCGCGGCCGCGAAGAGGAAUGGACCUACGCGAUUGAGCGCGCACCGCCGAAGAGCGCGCUGCAGUACUUCAUGGGCGAGCACUUCCGCGAGCUCCACAAGAAGCACCCGGGCGAGCCCGUGGCCGAGAUCAAGGAGAUCCUCACGGCCAUGUUCCCGAAGGCGCCGCCGGAGGAGCGCCGCAAGUGGGAGCGCCGCGCCGCGUGUGCCCCGGACCGCUACGAGCGCCGCGCCGCCCGCUACAAGCGCGAGAUCGCCGAGUACAUGGCCAACGGCUACGUGGUGGUGGUCGGCGCGGUGCUCCUGGCCGUGCAGAAGCCGAAGCCGAGCUGA